AUGGCCACCAAGCGGCUGCGCAAGGAGUACCUGGCCAUGCAGCGCAAGCCCGUGGACUACAUCCGCGUGGCGCCGCUGGAGAAGAACAUCCUCGAGUGGCACUACGUCAUCACCGGCACCAAGGGCACGCCCUACGAGGGAGGGUUCUACCACGGCAAGCUCAAGUUCCCGCCCGAGUACCCCCAGCACCAGGAGGGUGCGGAGCUAGCUCUACCGGUAGCCCCGCCGCCAUAA